AUGAAGUGCUUACACCUUUUUGCAAAAAAACUAUUGUCUGUAAUUAUAUAUCAGAGUGUGAAAAGAUUUCUCAACAUUUACAGAGAUAAUUACACUGAAGUGCCAAAGAAACAUUUAAUAGAAACAGAUAAAUCUGAGGAGAAUAUGACACUUACUUCAUCAGCAGAACUUUACAUGCACAUGAGAAUAAACUAUUAUAUAUCUGAAAUGGAGGUAUUAGCAAUUUGUUUAGAGUUCCAGAAGCUUGAUGGAUAUUUGCUGAUACACAAAAUUAUAUUUUACACAGACGACAAAGCCUUGAGUUUUCUGAAUUGGUGUAGAUUAAAGCAUACUAAACUGACCAAAUGGGAAUUAUGUGUGCAGCUAUUUGAUCUGGAAAUUAUAUAA